AUGCGGGUGAAAGAUCUGCCGAACAACGAUAUUUACAUUCAUCGCUGCUUUGCACUUCAAAUUCAACUAACUGAACCUCAGAAGACAUGGCAAGCCCAGUUGGCCGAAAAGAAAAGCGAGUGUCUCGCAUCACAACUGCUUGCAAUCCCUGCCGGUCACGAAAACAAAAGACCAACUUGUGGGCAAUGUCUUGAAUAUCACCGCCAGUGCGCGUGGCCAGAACAAUUGAAACGCGGGCCAGCCAAGGGCUAUAUAGAGGCACUCGAAGGCCGUCUUUAUGAGACCGAAAAUGUUUUAUUAAAGCUACUCUCUCGUCUCUCACAGGCCCAGCUAUCAUCUAUGCUGUCUGAAAAUGAGCUUGAAACAGGCGAAAGAAACCAGAACCAACCAGAUACUCAUGACUCUGGGUCCCUUUCACGUCAACGUGAAGUCGAAUAUUGGAAGGUCAACCCAUUAAACAGCGUCGACAAUAUCCGAAGAUGGGAGCAGGAAUGCCUCGACAUUCGGAAUAAGCCGGACGCUGACAAUAAUAACGAUGCGGAGAAUAAUACCACGUCUACGAGAAGGCCCAGGCGGACCAAGUCAACGACAAUAACAAGCCAUGACGGUGCCGUUGGGCUCGCCACCAACACCAAAAGUCCUAUUGGCCAAGACUACUUGCGUGAUAGAUUUCAGGAACAACAACAGACUGGUCCCUCGCGACGACAUUCAGAGGUGGGAGGGGAUUCGCAGAAUAAUACAGAAACACCGCCUCAACUCAUCACCACAGCGUCGCCAUUUGACGCUAGCAUAGCGGAAAAUUUUGGGCCUGUUCAUCACACAAAAGAGUACACAAGCACAGCACGGACACCUCAGUUAAGCGCAUGGGAAGAAGCACCGUCGAUAAGUUUUCAGAAACAAUUUCUCUGGUAG